AUGGAGGACACAGAUCCCUUGCUUAUGAAUAGGCUGCGCAAAAACCGCGAAUGGAAGGCGGCAAAGGCAAGCGACCCCGAGUAUAGGCUGAAGACCCUCAAACGCCAGGCUGCUUGGGAUUUAAGACACCGUCAAAGUAAACUGAUGCGACGCUGGCUGGAAUGUUGUACUCAGACGGAGUUGGAGAAGUUUGUGUGGAAAACGCAUGUCCCAGUCUUUUUCGCCGAGCCGGUUCGCAAGACCUGUGUCUCGUGUGGAUUCUCGAAACGUAGAGGCUCGAGGAUGUGGUGGCAGCGUUUGGCGUCCGCAGAGACAGAGCCCAAAUCUGCGUCUGCAGCUAAGCCUGUAUCCCAGCAUGAGACCGGAACCGAGAUGUUCAACUGCCAUACGUGCUAUACGAAAGACAUGAGCAAAGCCAUGCCUUCCGGUCACGAAGACUUUGUUUUCGGCAAUGGCCACUAUCCAGAACCAUGA